CAGGAGGAAAAUCGUGCAGUAACAGCAUACAUAUUUAAAAAAAUAAAAAAAAUAAAGUUUUUGGUAGUUAAUUAAAAUAGUUUACUACAAAAGUCAUUGUAUAAUAUGGAAUAUUAACAAAUAGGGUACAUCAUACAGUUUACCAUGGUUCAUUAGUGAAUGCAUUUUAUUAUUAUUAUUAUUAUUACUGGUGUUGCUCUUGUUAUUUGAAGUUAUAGCAGAUUGUAAUUGGACUUCAAGGCUCAGCUCAUCUUGGCAGUAAAUAGAACUGAUGAUGCUUUGUGGGAGGAGCCAGGCAGGAGGCGGAGUCACAGCAGUGCGAUGCAGAAAUGACGGCCGCUGAUUGGCUGCUGUCCGCGGUGCUGAUGCGGGAGAGAGUGACGAUCGUCGGACGCGCGCUCUGCGUUGUGCUGGUCGGAAUGGAUUUCCACUGGAUCUUUCUGCACGGGAUUAUCGCGUUUGGGAUUUAGGACCGCAGCAGGAGUUGGAGUAUGAUUCACAGACAGCUCAUUCUGUCCCAGGAUUUGAUGUGCUUUGAGUCGGUGAAUCAGAAUGCUGCUACACCUGUGUAGUGUGAAGAACCUGUACCAGAGCAGGUUUCUGGGUCUGGCGGCCAUGGCCUCGCCGUCACGGAACUCUCAGAACCGGCGCCGGUGUAAGGAUGGGUCUCGGUUCGGCUUCGCUCACCCCAGCGAAGCUCUGGCUCUGCCGCGGUCCACCAGCGACACGGAUCUGGUGUCCUUACAGAGCCGCUCCACCCUGACCGUCAGCACCUCCCUCUACUGCAUCGGCCAAUCAGAGGACAUCGUCAUCUGCUGGGACGUCCGAGAGGAAGUGGACGCUGGCGACUGGAUCGGCAUGUACCUUAUUGAUGAGGUUCUGUCAGAAAACUUUCUGGACUACAAGAGUCGUGGGGUGAGCGGCUCCCAUAAAGGCCAGAUCGUGUGGAGAAUCGAUGCCAGCUUGUACUUUAUGGAGGCUGAGACGAAGGUUUGCUUCAAAUAUUAUCAUGGUUCGAGUGGAGCACUCAGAGCUACAACACCCAGCGUGACAGUGAGGAACCCCUCAUCCUCUGCUCUGAAGCCGGUCAUCAGUCCGGAUCCUCAGACUCUGGGCAGCAGGAGGCUGAUCAGCUUCUCUCUGUCAGAUGUUCAGGCAGUCGGUCUGAAGAAAGGAAUGUUCUUUAAUCCCGACCCAUAUUUGAAAAUCUCCAUCCAGCCCGGAAAGCACAGCAUCUUCCCGGCGCUGCCUCACCACGGACAGGAGAAGAGGUCCGGCAUCAUCUGCAACACGGUCAGCCCCGUCUGGAAGAGAGAGCGAUUUAACUUCGUGUCUCUGCCGACGGACGUUUUGGAGAUUGAGGUAAAAGAUAAAUUUGCCAAGAGCAGACCCAUCAUCAAACGCUUCCUGGGAAAGUUGGUCGUUCCUGUACAGAGGCUGCUGGAGAAGCACGCUAUCGGGGACCGUGUGGUGAGUUACACUUUAGGCCGACGGCUUCCAACAGAUCAUGUCAGCGGUCAGCUGCAGUUUCGUUUUGAGAUAACCUCAUCAAUUCACCCAGAUGAUGAGGAAGUGUCCCUCAAUGCAGUGCCAGUCUUUGAUGUACCUGACCAGCAGGCUGAGCUGGAGCCCAACGAGGACCAACCACCAGCUUCUGAUCUGCCUAUGGAGGAUGCAUUGAGUUUAGGACCUGACAUCCUGGAGCCGCCUGCCGAAUGUCCUCCAGACAUAGAGACCCAAGAUGCUGUGCUGCUUACCUCUAUAGAUGAACCCCAGCCAGAAGCAGAAGGAUCAGUUGAUGAGCUUGUAACAGCUCAAGGAGAGACUCUAUUGAGUGACGCCACUCAAGGAGAAACUGCGGAGCAAGACCCUGGAAAAAUAGAGUCCGGGGAGGAAACUGUGGCUGAGACUCCUUUGGAGGUACUGGAGAACCAUGAUGCUGAAGACACAGGUGGAGGAGAUGAAAUGAGACCAACUGGAGAGCAUGUAGAGACUGAGGGAGGCACAAGCUCAGAGCAUGUUGACAUGAUGGUGGAAGGAGAUGGGAACGAGGAAGAACCCUGCUCCACAAGGAUGCGGGGUGCCUUGAAGCGCAAGAGCCGUCCCUGUUCGCUUCCCGUGUCCGAAUUAGAGACAGUCAUCGCCUCAGCUUGUGAAGAACCUGAGACACCACGGUCUCACUACAUCCGCAUUCAUCAUUUGCUGCACAGCCUGCCGUCAGCUCAGUGCCACCAUGACAGCCAAGAUGAAGACGAGGUUCUUGACCCAGAAUCCUCUGAGGAAAUCACUGUCAAACCUCAAGAGGACAAAGAGGAUGAAGACGAGGUGUCUGAAGCUCAGUCUCCAUCCAUCGUGCCUGAGUGUCCUAGACCUUGUUGCAGGCGUACCCUACCACGUAGCCUCUCCAUCGAGCGCUUGUCUGAACUCAACCAUCUUCUGGAGGGUGAAAGACCCUCACCUCACACCCUCAGGCCGGACAGUGAGGACGGGGAAGUGGGUGGUGGAGGUGGAAGCAGAAGGGAACCUCGAGUGAGUGAGUGCGAACUGUGUGACAACUCCUGCUACAGCACUUCGUGUUACAGCACGUCCUGUUACAGCACUUCCUGUUACAGUAACUCAGGUUACGAGGGGCGUAACCACCUCUGCAGCCAUACGCGCCUCUCUUCGGUUGACAGCACACGUCUGUCGGAGAGCACUGUUUUCUCCUCGCAGGAGGAAGAGGAGGAGGAGAACAGUGCUUUUGAAUCAGUCUCGGACUCAAUGCGGAGUCCAGAUAUAAGGGAGCCAGGAGACGGGUCGGUUCAGUGGAGAGAGUCGUCGUCAGAGGAAAGUCCCCAGAGGGAAGGGGCGGUGGAGGUGUCACCAGUAGCUGGGCCCAGUGUUAGGCCAUCAGGCAGUUGUCAUUUGCAAUGCAGUCAUCAUGCAUUCACUCAGCUUCCUGCUUUGCGGUCUGAAUCCCACCAUUACCCAAGUGUUGAUGAACCAUUACCACCAAACUGGGAAGCCCGGAUCGACAGUCACGGCCGUGUUUUCUACGUGGAUCACGUGAACCGCACCACCACGUGGCAGAGGCCGAGUCACGCCGCCAAACGCACAGGCAUCCCGAGAUCUGGCUCCACGCACCAGAUGGAGCAGCUCAACAGGAGGUAUCAGAACAUCCAGAGGACGAUGGCCACGGAAGACGAACCGGCCGGUCGCGGGCCUGAGAGGAACACCGGAGGAGACGCCGAGAGUGAAUCCACACCGCAAGCUGCAGAUCAGAGGAGAGAAGGCUGCUCGUCUCCUGUCAGUAAUCAGAACGUCACGCUGCUGCUCCAGUGUCCCGCCGUCAAGUUCGUCACACACCCAGAGUUCUUCACCGUCCUCCAUGCAAACUACGGAGCAUAUAGGAUGUUUACUAACAGCACCUGCCUGAAGCACAUGAUUCUGAAAAUACGGCGAGACGCGCGCAACUUUGAGCGAUAUCAGCACAACCGCGACCUCGUCGCUUUCCUCAACAAAUUCGCUGAUACUCACCUGGAGCUCCCGAGAGGCUGGGAGAUCAAGACCGAUCCGCAGGGAAAGUCAUUCUUCGUGGACCACAACAGUCGGGCAACGACCUUCAUUGACCCCAGGAUGCCCCUUCAGAACGGACGACUGCCCAGCCACCUCACACACAGACAACACUUACAGAGACUGCGCAGCUACAGCGCCGGAGAGGCGUCAGACGUGUCCCGCAGCAGAGGAGCGUCUCUGGUGGGCAGAGCUGGACAUGGUGUCGUAUCCACCGUCAGGAGCCAAAACCAGCCGGAUUCAGUGCCUCUCGCUUACAACGACAAGAUUGUGGCAUUCCUCCGUCAGCCAAACAUUCUAGACAUGCUACAGGAGCGACAGCCCAGUCUCGCCAGGAAUCACACGCUCAGGGAGAAGAUCCAUUACAUCAGGACUGAAGGUCCUCAAGGUGUUGAAAAGCUGUCUUGUGACGCUGACCUGGUCAUGCUGUUGAGUCUAUUUGAUGAGGAGAUCAUGUCGUAUAUUCCAUCUCACUCCUUCCACCCCGGCCUCAGCUUCUCUCCGCGCUGCUCUCCUGGAUCCUCGCCUCAGAGUUCACCUGGCUUGCAGAGGGCCAGAGCGCCGGCUCCAUACCGCAGAGACUUUGAGGCAAAACUGCGCAAUUUUUACAGGAAGCUGGAGGGUAAAGGCUAUGGCCAGGGGCCAGGAAAAAUAAAGCUCAUCGUCCGAAGGGAACACUUACUGGAAGGCACCUUUAAUCAAGUAAUGGCCUACUCACGUAAAGAGCUCCAGAGAAACAAGCUCUACAUCACCUUUGUAGGAGAGGAAGGUUUGGACUACAGCGGCCCAUCGCGGGAAUUCUUUUUCCUGUUGUCUCAGGAGAUGUUUAACCCGUACUACGGUCUGUUUGAGUACUCAGCCAAUGACACGUAUAUGGUGCAGAUCAGCCCCAUGUCUGCAUUUGUAGAGAACCAUUUGGAAUGGUUUCGUUUCAGUGGCCGUAUUUUGGGUCUGGCUCUGAUCCACCAGUAUCUGUUGGAUGCUUUCUUCACCCGGCCGUUCUACAAGGCCCUGCUCAGACUAGUGACAGAUUUGAGCGAUUUGGAAUACCUGGAUGAGGAGUUCCACCAAAGCUUACAAUGGAUGAAGGACAACGAUAUCACUGACAUCCUGGAUCUUACAUUCACAGUCAACGAGGAGGUCUUUGGACAGGUGACAGAGAGGGAACUGAAGUCGGGGGGCUCCAACAUCCAAGUGACAGAGAAGAACAAGAAGGAAUACAUUGAGCGUAUGGCUAGAUGGAGGGUGGAGAGGGGGGUUAUGCAGCAGACUGAAGCCCUUGUAAGAGGUUUCUAUGAGGUUGUAGACUCCCGUCUGGUUUCAGUGUUCGAUGCCCGUGAGCUGGAGCUGGUCAUUGCAGGGACGGCCGAGAUCGAUUUGAACGACUGGAGAUCCAACACAGAAUAUAGAGGAGGUUACCAUGAUGGGCACAUUGUGAUGCGCUGGUUCUGGGCCGCGGUGGAGAACUUCAAUAAUGAACAGAGGUUGCGCCUGCUGCAGUUCGUGACGGGCACUUCCAGUGUCCCCUACGAGGGUUUCGCAGUACUGCGUGGGAGCAACGGCCUGCGGCGCUUCUGCAUUGAAAAGUGGGGAAAGAUUACCUCUCUGCCAAGGGCUCACACAUGCUUCAACCGCCUGGAUUUGCCUCCCUAUCCGUCGUACACUAUGCUGUAUGAGAAGCUUCUAACUGCUGUGGAGGAGACCAGCACCUUUGGUCUGGAGUGAAGGCAUGUUUUUUUAUUACUGUAAAUACAUUUUCAAUAACUCAAUCCACUUUUUAGAGAUUUUUAAACUAAUAUAUCUGGGAAUUUUGUUUCAAAUGACUUGAAAUAGCAUGCUUCUGCUCUAAAACACAACAUACGUGGUACUUUUCUGUAUUUGCGGGAGUUUGGGGUCAAAAGUAACAUAUGCAAUGGUGAAAACCAGCUCCAGCCUAUUGUAUUCAACUGACUGACUCGAUUCUCCUUAUCAUUCUAUUGGUUAGGCAUCAGUACGUCUGCUUUCUGAUUGGUGAACUGGGAUUUUCAGUGCCGGGCUGUGUUUGAAAUGGAAUGCUAAGAUAUUGCUUAUGAAAUACUGUACUACAUACUGCCAGUAUUUUAUUACGGUACUGUAGUGUGUGCAACAUUACACAAUAUGCAAAACAUAAACACUUUAAAGUGCAGUAAUGUAUGCAAUGUUGUUGUCACAUCAUCACGCUGCAUGUUUAAUAAUUUAGCAUGUGUUAUCAUAUCAGAAAUAGUUAUUUUAAUGUGUGAAAAUGAUUUUUUUUUUUUUAUUCCACAUUGCAUUAUGGAAUACAACACUCCAAACAGUGUGCUCUAGAUAUAUAACGUGCAUUGUGGUGAAUGUAUGUAUGCAUACAGAUGUGCACGUUACAGAUGCUGCAUAAAUAGUAUGGUAGUAUGCUAUUCCAAACACAGCCACUGAUCAAACACUUUCAUGCUCAUAUCGUCGGCCGAACUCCAAACCACAGCAUAUUAUUUGCUUUAAUAGAAUUCCUAAACUGCAUAUAGUAUGCCUGCUUUGAUCACAUUGAUGAUAGCAUUAAAAAAUAUUCUGUUUUUGGAGUAGAAAUGGUCAAACUCAAGUCUUUAAGCAGGACGCACGCAUGGAAGCUCACUCGACAGUGAUGUAAGCGACUUAAUUGUGUAACUAAAUUAGUGACACGAGCACUAAGCUAAUCAGAACGUUCUGUCUGCAGAGUCUGUGUGGACACAUUAGAAAUAACUCUCUAAUUGUUUAAAUAACUCUUCUUAAAACCAGAUCCUUUUUUUAGGGAUCAGGGAUGAGCUUCAUAAAAUCAUGACAUUGGAUUCAUACACUAUAUUUCUCGUGGCAUAAUUUAUUUUGUUUAUCACAUUUAUUGAGACCCUUCCUGGUUUAAUGAAACAAAAAUCUUCUUAAUGAUGUUUAAUAUAAUUUAUUGAUGAGUUAUACAAACAUGAGCUGGUUUGUUCCUCAUAAUUGUAACUGUAAAACUAACAGACUUUGAGUCAAAAUUACUGGUGAUAACUACAGGCAACAAGAACCAGAUGACCGGAUUUUCUUUAUUAAUAUGUAUGCAAUAUCUUAAGUGGUGCUUUUAUGUGUUUUUAUUUGCAUUUUUGUUGGACACUUACAGCCCGACCUCUCUGAUAAUCACAACCAUCAUGUCGGGAGCAUUUAAUGCAUGCAGGCUCUUAUGAUAAUGUGUAAAUUACUAUGAAACCGUUCCCCAGGAUCUAUUAAAUGUGUUCCUGAUGGAUCUGAACUUCCUUUGGAAGGAUGUCCACUUAAACUGAAUCUGUGUAUUAAAUGCAUAACUUGUUUGACGUAUUGACAGAGAUUGUGAAAUGACUAUCUGACCGUUUGCUGUUGUACACUGCUCAGUUGAUGAUGUUAUAAUGAUGUAUUUUUAUCAUUUUUAUUUGUUGCCAGUUUUGUAUUUUAUAUUCUUUUUGUAUUUGAGUUCAAUGAGAUUGCAUAUGAAAACCCUUUACUUGCAAUGCAAAUUGUUUCAAUUGUUAAUGAAAAUAAAAUAUGUAAAUAUAAAUAUUUAUGUAUACUAAUCACUGUAUAUCAGCCUAAUUUCCUGACGUCAAUUUGUUCGACAUGAACAGACUUUGCUUUUGCCCCAAAAUGUUGUACAUAAAUGUCAAUAAACGAUCACUUUG